AUGGCACAUCCCUCACAAUUAGGAUUGCAAGACGCGGCCUCCCCUGUUAUAGAAGAAUUAAUUCACUUCCACGACCAUGCACUAAUAAUCGUAUUUUUAAUUAGUACUUUAGUUCUUUACGUCAUCGUAGCUAUGGUCUCUAUCAAGCUUACGAACAAAUACAUUCUAGAUUCACAAGAGAUCGAAAUCGUGUGAACUAUUCUCCCUGCUGUCAUUCUUAUUAUGAUCGCACUACCGUCUCUACGAAUCCUCUACCUCAUGGAUGAAAUCAACGACCCUCAUUUAACCAUUAAAGCUGUAGGGCACCAAUGGUACUGAAGCUAUGAAUAUACAGACUACGAAGACCUAGGAUUUGACUCAUACAUAGUCCCCACUCAAGACCUCAUCCCUGGACAGUUCCGACUUCUGGAAACUGAUCAUCGAAUGGUUGUCCCAAUAGAAUCUCCUGUGCGAGUAUUAGUUACAGCUGAAGAUGUACUUCACUCCUGAGCAGUUCCGGCACUAGGCGUAAAAAUGGACGCUGUACCGGGUCGUCUUAAUCAAACCGCCUUCAUCACAUCUCGGCCCGGGGUAUUCUACGGGCAAUGUUCAGAAAUUUGCGGAGCUAACCACAGUUUUAUGCCUAUCGUGGUAGAAGCCGUCCCUCUUGAACACUUCGAAAAUUGAUCAUCACUCAUAAUUGAAGACGCCU